AUGAUAGAUUUUCCCCUUUUACAGCUGAACAAAACACUUAGGGAGAUACACUUAGCCAAGAUGGAUAUGCAAGAUUUUGGAGCCGAACGGAUCGCUGAAGCCCUGGAGCGAAACAGAAGUUUGCAAGUUCUGGACAUCAGCCUAAAUCGGAUCGCGCGUGAUGGAGCUAUAGCCUUGUCAAAAAUUCUUCCCAAUCAUCCUUCACUGACCGUACUUGACCUUUCCUACAACCGAAUUCAAUGUGCUGGGGCUAUUGCAAUCGCGGAGGCCCUUCGAAAUGAUAAUAACCGACUCAAAGUACUCUGUGUGGCCUUCAAUGAACUGAAGCCGUUAGGUCUUCGCGCUCUUGGAAAAAUGAUGUUUGAAAAUGACACAAUCCAGUGCAUUUACAUCUGGGGGAAUGAGUUUGAUGACGACAUAUUUUCUCAACUCCUCCUGAUUGGACGAUUGACGGAAGAAUGCACAGACGUUCGACCUUACAAAGUUGACGGACAUACGCACCUCGGGAUGCUUAAUCAUGACUGUGAUUAUCGUCGCUAUCGAUUUGCCGUUCCCUGGUGGAAGAGCCAAGCACCUUCUGAUCGAUCAAUUGCUCUCUUCUAG